UGCGGCUGCCCACUCCGCGUCAUAACAGACAAGGGCAGAAAACGGAAAGAGAAGGCGAAAGGAAACCCGCAGGCCGUAGCAGUCGUUUCAACCUCUCUUCCUUCUUCUCGUUUCUUCCCUGCUCUCUUGCGUCCGCCGCCUCCCUCAACCGCCAAGCGCCGCCGAUGUCCGACGAGGCCCAGAGAAUGACGGCGCUGAAGAGGGCUUACGCGGACAUUAUCUUCAACACGACAAAGGAGUCGGCGACUCGGAUUCUAGCCUCGGAGCGGAGGGCGCUCCAGCUGCAGCAGAACCUGUCGCUAGUUAAAGAAGAGUCGUUGGCGAUGCUUCUUCGUCUGAAGGCGAUCAUGGAGGCAAAGAUCACUGAAUCAGAAAAGGCAAACUUGUCUCAGGUAAAGAAGAUUCAAGAACUUGAAGUUGAACUCAGAGAAGCAAAUGAUAAGAUACAUUAUCUUAAAUCGGAAGUAAGGAGACUGAAUUCUGAAUUGGACCGUAAGAGCGAUAUUGAAACCAAAUUUAUUGAUGAGAAAAAACCUGGUAGCAGUGUAAGUUGCAAGAAGUAUAAUAUUCGUGAGGACAUAUACAAAUCGGGUUCACGCCUUCACUCUCCAAAUGGGCUUAAAAUUAUAAAGAAUUCUAGCCGCUACUUCACCAAAGAUGUGACGAGACAUGAACCCAUGAAAAAUUUGGUCAGGUCGAAUCAUUACGGUGGCAAUCUGGACUUUGCAUCAGUGACACAAAGCAACAAAGAGCCAGAGUUUUAUCGCGAUGGUUGCAUUCAUAGGACACAAGCAUUUGAAGAAAUUCAUGAUCAGGAAUCAAAUUCAACAACAAUGUGUGUGAACAAGAAGGCUGAAGGAGCACCCCCCGGGCAUAGCCGAGCUAGUAACCAUGUGGCAGAUUUGCAGCACAAGAAGGCUGAAAGGGCCUUUCCCCAAAAGUUUGGUACCACCAAAAAAAGGUUAAGAAGAAAUACGAGACAACGAAAAUUCCUUACGUGGCCCACAAGUUCUGAUACCCUUCAUGACAUGCUGCCUCAAGGAUUAUUAAAGUCCAGUUAUUCCAGUGUUAGGCAAAGUGAUCUAGAUCGAUCUGCUGAAAAUAUGCAUAGGAAUGGCAGAACAGCUUCUCCAGAUUGUUCAGCACAAAUGCCUGGAGAGGACCAGGAAUCAGAAGAAAAUCGGAAGACUAACUUGAACAGAUCUUUCAGGAAAAAGAACUUGGGGCUUUCCAAUGGCAGUGGAGUAAUGGCAAGUGGAACCAUCCUAAAGCCGUGCAACUCUUCGAGCAGCGGAACCACUUGCCAAGAAAAUGGUCUAAAAGAACCACUCAUGAUGAAUGCAAGAGUGUUGAUUGAUGAUUCUGUUUCAGAUGAUGAUGGUAAAAAUAGCAGAACUACAGAACAGAAAAUGCCAGCAAAAUCAUAUUGUAAUUUAGAACAGAAUCUUGAUACUUCUGCAACAAAGGAAGAAACAACUAAUGCACCACCAAGUGAUCAUAAAGAUGAACCUUGCAAACCAACUGAAUCUGAUGUAGUUGAAGGUGCCAAAUUACUCAAAUACACUUUUCAGAGGAAGCGGAAGAGGGGAUGCAUGGAUAGCAAAGUUGGUUCCAAAUUCCUGGAGGAAAAAAUGUCUAAGAAAAAUGUUGACAAAGGUACUGUGGAAAACUUGUCUCCAAGGGAUAUGGAUAAAGAAAAUGAGGAAAAUGUGUCCACAAGAAAAAUGGACAAUGAUAAUGUUUUGGUGGAGAACCACAAAUCUAGCAUGGUAGUGGAAUCAUCUAGAGACAGCAGGAGGAUGGCACAGGUUGCUCGUCAGCUCAUUUCCCUGUCUGAGAGGAGAUGGUGGUAGAUCUACUGUUUUAUCCAAAAUGAGGCUAAUCUUCGAUGAGGACAGAGGACAGUUAUUCAUCCUGCAGAUUCCAUAUUCAAUAUCCAUGCGGCCACCUUCAAGUAUGUAUCUUUACUUCGAUAAAAUAAAGAAUCGCAACUGAAUGAGCAAAAAGAAGAGACAAAAAAAACUGCUUUAUAUUUAAGAAACAUUUACAUUUCCCUCUUCUGUUAGCUAUUUCUACUUAACUGGCAAAGCCUCACUUCAUUGAUCAACAAAUUAUUUCUUCCUUUGGUUUUAGUUUCUAGUUAUGCUCAAACAUUGGCUUUGCCAAAACUCUAAGAAAAGAAACACAAUUAGCAUAUUCUACUGAACCGUAGUGCUUUCGUUUACGGCAAAUGGCCAUUGUGAAUUGUCAUCCAUGCUUAUUGAGAGUAUAUAUAUCCUCUCAUCAUAGACAGAUAUUCUCUCAGAACAUUGUUUAGGAAACUAACUUGGGCAUCAGAGUUGAGGACCUCAUUAUCAUUUUCAGUAUUCCUUCCUCUUUCAAUAUGUUUUUGAGUCUAGUUCAGUCCAUCCCAAUCACCUUGUGUUAUUGUGUACAAUCCUGAUCCCUGAAAGAUGAUCCAUUUACACAAGAACAUCUCUUUCAUGGAGGGUUUAAAUAUCCAUGUCGUGAAAAGAGCUCAUUUCUACCUUGGAACAACUUUAGUUAAACUCACUCUAAAGUGGAGCACAAAGGGGUAUCUCGGCUUUUAGAUUAUGGAUCACAAGCAAAUAUCUUUAGUCACUCAAAAAUCUGAAGAAAAUAAAAGAAAAAUAAAUAAAUAAAUUUUGAUUUUCCUCUAUAGUUUGUUUAACUUUUUUUUAUUUUAUUUCACCUUCCCAAUUUUGAUAAAUUACACUUUGCAUUUACCUUAUUUAUCAUAUCAUUCAUCACUAAUAAAUGUAAAUUUAUAUUUUUUUGGAAUUUAUUUUCUGAGGGUAAAGAUAUUUUUUCCCAAUAAGGCUAAAAAUCAAAUUUAGGAUCUGAAAUCUUAAGAAUAAGCAAAGACAAAUUUUUCAACAAGAAAAAGGAAAACCCGCAGCACAAUCGGGACCCAAAUUCCGACUCCAACAACUGCACCCCCACCGUGGCCCAUUGCAAUACAUCCAAUCACGAUGUGGGUAAUAUCGGUAUUUAUUCUCUGUUUACUCAAAUCGUGGGACUUAGGGCAUUUCGGUAAUUGUGCCGCUCUCAGACCAAACUGCGGAAAUGUAAAGGCGGCGAAAACCGCAAGCAUGUCUGGUUAUCCUUUUCGCUUCGCUCUCUCGUCGUCUCUCGGCCGCUGCCUCAUCCUCUACUCGCUUCGUCUCCGGCGCAGGAAGGAAGGGUGUUCUCUUCAUGGGUUCCGACUUCGUGUCUGACGGCGCUGUUUCCCUCUCGCGCGACAUCGCCAAGAAAAAGAAGACCCACCGGUCGGCGAAAUUGAAGCAGUGCAAACUCGACGCUCGGCGCGAGCAGUGGCUCUCGCAAGUGAAGAACAAGGAUUGCGUGGUGUCGGAAAGGAGAUCGCCGGCAGCGUCGCCUCACCUUCAUCCGGUGCUGUCUAAGGAGAUGGAUCUCGGACUGAAGGAGGAGGAGGAGGUGGAAAUUCGGGUUUCACCAGACCGUGAUGGAUCCAAUUCGCACGACAGCGAAGGAGGUUCUCCGACUCAUGGGGGCACUGUUGAUGGAUUCCCUGCGAAUAGUAUUAGUAGCGGAAGCAGUUUUGCAUCCUCGUUGAGAAGCCUCAGCGACGCGGAAGUGGAAGGGGAUGAUCACGUCGAGAGAGGGGAAGAGGGAGUUGACGAUUGGGAAACCUUAGCGGAUGAGUUAGGGGAUGAUGGCAGCCAGCCUGAUCCAAACUCUGUUGACACCGUCCCUGAUUCUUCUGCAGUACCAGGUCACACUGACAAGGAUACCCAGGAGAGUUUGGAAAAGCCGGAGGUUAAGCAGGCUAUCAGUAGGGCUUGGAGGCCGGAUGACACUCUCCGACCUCAAAGCCUACCCAACCUCUCGAAGCAGCGGAGCUUCCCCGUUAGCAUGGCACGUCGCUAUGCAGCGUCCAGGUGGUCUCAGAGCAACAUUCUCUCUGCACCUACUUCAUGCCCUAUUUGCUGUGAGGAUCUAGAUCCAACGGACUCGAGCUUCCUACCCUGCAACUGUGGCUUCCGCCUCUGCCUGUUCUGCCACAAGCGAAUUCUUGAGGCAGAUGGGCGCUGCCCAGGCUGCAGGAAGCAUUAUGCUCCUGUAGCAGGCGGUGAGGUUGUCAUUUCGGGCGGAAUACCAUCCUUGGCUCUUCGCCUCUCUCGUUCUUGUAGCAUGAGUUCAAGAACCUAGGAAGCGUGUUCCACUGGCUUCUUUUCAUUUUUACCUAUGACAGUUUCUUAACUGUGUCUUUUGAAUUUCAUUGUUAUAGAGCAAUCAUUUUAUCAUAAGAAAAGAUGUGUGAAUAUAUGCCCUAGGUCUUGAGUGUAUAAGAAGUGUUUUUGGUAAGUUAAUUUGGAGUAAUGUGUUCUUCAAUUGUACGAUGAGUGCAUUCUCUAUAUAAUUAAAUGAAAUUUUCAACUAUGUUAAAGUCAAUAGGGCAAAGUUCAAAGUACAAGUGUUAUCUUAAAUUUGUUUUAUAUUUGCAUAAACUACAAUGCCAUUUACAUAUGUCCGUAUGCUUUUAUUGCGUUAUUAAUUGUCUUGCCAUUAGCCUUUAAGGUAACAAGAACAUUUUCUAUGACAUUUUCUUUAUUCAAUGUUGUAGAUAUGGUACCUUAUGUAAAAUGUAGGCUUCUUUAAUGAUCUUAUUUAUCUGAUAUGAUUUUAGAAAGUUGAUAAAGAAGUUUUUCAUGUAGUCAUUAAUUUCAAAGAUGUUAAACACUUUCUUUGUUUCUUCUCUUGAUGAUAAUUUUUGUUUUCAGAAAGUUCAAUAUACUCUUUUGACACAUGCAAAAGUAAGUCCACCGAAUAAUUGAAGAUACUGGUAAAAAGAUAUUGCUGUUGCAUCAUGAAAUAUCACAAAAUAGAAAGGGUCACUAAUGUGUGCUUGAACUAUUUGUUUCAGCAAACAGUAUUCACCUUGUUCCAUAUGAUUUUGUUACCACAUGCAUGCUCUUUUAGUCAAAAGAGAUUUUUUCCAUGAGACAUGGUACAUACAGUGGUUAACAUAUUUUGCUUCAGAGACUGUCAUUCUUUACACGUUCAAAUGAACUUAUAUAGCUUAAUUAUUUAUGAUCUUACACUGGAAGGGGAUAUAAUUUUGCUGUGGUGCUAGUCUCUGAAAAUUGUCUGUAUUUUUUUUCUACUAGUGACCAUGAAAUCUGAAUGUUGAACUGAUUAGUAUGCUACUUGCGAAGUUCGAGUACUGGCACUUCACUUGCUUAUUAUCUUCUAAUUAAUAUAAUCAGUGUUCCUUGAGAUGAUACAGAUGUCUCCUUUCCUGUCUUGAGAAGGAAGAAAGGAGGGUGGAAAGAACAAGAGCAGAAUAAUCAAGGAAAUGAUAAACUUGAUAUAGAAGUGAAGGAAUAUAGCAAUAAUACAUGUGACUUUCUCAGGGAUGCCUACUGUCUUGUCUUAAGAAGAUAAGGAAGAAAGGAGGGAGGAAAGAACAAGAGAAAUAUUAAGGAAAUGCCUUGUGCUAUCUAAUGAUAAGCUUGAUUUAGCAAGAGUGAUGAAAGGCAAAAGCAAGAUAACUUUCAAAUGUUGUCAGACUACUUACAUAAUUGUUGCAAGUAGAUGCAAGGAUUCUAUAAAUGUUAUUGUGAUCAUAUCUCACCUUCCUAACUUAUUUAACAUCAAUCAAACAUAUUCAGUUUUUUCU